GACCACACAUAGACACACACCUCACACCCUCACCUCUCAUUACAACACGUCUAAUAAUGUCAUAGCACACACACGUGUGCAAACAUUCACACGUUUGGUCGAUGGUCUUCUGAUGAAGCGCUUUUGGAGGUGGCUGCUGGAGCGAGUUGUUUCUCGGUCAAAAAAACUUCAACUGAAUAAGUGCAGGAACCCAAAGAAGAAGGUCCAAACCUGCAGCAGAAGUAAACCCUGCACACCAUGGGUGAUCCUGACAGUUUACCUCAAUGAAACCCAGCAGAUGCUAACUGAGGUCCCAGUCACACCAGCAACCCGAGUGACUGACGUGGUGGAGUACUGCAAAGAGGCAGGCGAGGCCGAGUGCCACCUGGCAGAAGUAUGGAAUGGACAUGAGCGAGCUCUCCCUCAGGAGUUACUGUUGAUGGAUCUCCUUCAGCAGUGGGGGGCCAGGAGCCCAGAGGUCCGCUUCUACCUAAGACAUUACCCCCCGUGGCCACAAGGAGGUCAGCAGCCAGAGCAGAGCUGGACCACAGAGGCAGCAGAGAGUGGGAGUGAUAAGGUCCCCCGUGUGGAGCUGACCCUCUCUGAGCUCCAGGAAAUGGCCACGAGACAACAGCAACAAAUAGAGGCUCAGCAGCAGAUGCUGGUUGCCAAGGAGCAGAGGCUAAGGUAUCUUCAGCAGGGAGGCAGAGCCAACCCAGGACAGACACAGUCUGAAGCUGAGAAGCUGCAGCGACUCAAGGAGCGAGUAGAGACACAGGAAGCAAAGCUGAAGAAGAUCCGAGCCAUGAGAGGGCAGGUGGACUACAGUAAACUGAUCAAUGGAAACCUCUCUGCAGAGAUCGACCAUGUGAGCAGCUUGUUUCAGGAGAAGCAGGCGGAGCUGCAGUCUGCAGUGACCAGAGUUGACCAGUUAACUCAGCAGCUGGAGGACCUGAGGAGAGGACGCCUUCAGCUGCAGUGUGAUGCACCAAGACAGGGGACCCCCACCGAUUCUCCGGGUGCAACCACUGGCCAUAAAUCCCCCUCUUUAUCCGGCCCUGCAGCCGUGGAGCUGAGGAAACUCUACCAGGAGCUGCAGGCUCGAAACCGCCAUAAUCUCGAGCAGAGCAGCAAAUUGGUCCAAAACAAGGAGCUGCUUAACAAGAGGAACGCCCAGGUGACGGUGAUGGACCAGCGCAUCGGAGAUCUGAGGGAACGCCUUCAUAAGAAGAAAGCAGAGCUGAGCCGUAUGAACGGCGGAGGCCCGUCCUCCCCUCAGACCUCCACCCAUCCCUGCGGUGGCGUUUCAGGCCGAGUGGCGGCCGUCUGUCCUUACAUCCAGACUCCAGCUGAAGGGAGACAGGACCCUGGGUACCCUGUGGCGGCUGACCCUCCUCCCAAACCCACACCGCUCAACCACGUCCGCUCCCUCUCAGAGGAGGACAGGAGUGGCGUCAGGAAGCCUUCUAGCCAGUGGAAGAUGUCAGAUUUAGACAUUGUCCUGUCUGAGCCCACUGAGACAUGGGAGGGACCUCUGUCCCCUCAGGCGGGGGACGGUAAUAACACCAAUGAAGCAUCAUGGCCAAACAUCAGUAAGAGUGGAUCAGACUGGAGGUCCUGCAGUCCAGAACCGUUUCCCUCUGGUUAUGGUACCUACCCCAGCACCACUCACCAGGCGGCCGGGCAUCACUGCGCCACCAGCUCACUGCCCCGUUCUGCCCCCGGUACCCUGGGCUGGCCCCGGUCCACUGCUUCCAGUGCCAUCUCCUCCUCUUCAUCAUCAUCCUGUGCUUUACAGCAAAUCCAGCAGCAUAUUUCUCUCCCACCUAACUCGAACCAAGGUUCUGCCUCCUCCUCCCAGCCGUCUCCUCUCUCCCUUCAAACGGAGCGCUCGGACCCCCCUCCGGCAGUGGCAGUCCGUCCCUACGUCCCGGACCACCCGUCCAGACCUCAGUCCCCCAGGAAGGGUCCCGCAACCAUGAAUAGCAGCUCCAUCUACAGCGUGUAUCUCCAACAACCUCAGCAGCCUCAGGCUAAGAACUACAGCUCUCUGAGCAACCGGACUGCUGUCAAAGCAGUCUACGGCAAACCCAUCCUCCCCUCAAACUCCUCGUCCUCGUCCCCUGUCCCCUUCUUCCAGGGGGGGAGGAGGAGGAGUGAAGACACCAGAGUUGGACAGAUCCUUCCUCCACCCAGUGUGGACAACAUCCCACGCCCCCUGAGUCCUACCAAGCUCACACCAGUGGCCCACUCGCAGCUACGAUACCAGAAUGAUGCUGACCUGGAGGUUCUGCGCCGUCGUCUCAGUAAUGCUCCUCGGCCCCUGAAGAAACGGAGCUCCAUCACUGAACCUGAGGGCCCACAGGGGCCAAACAUCCAAAAACUGCUGUACCAGCGGUUUAACACCCUGGCAGGAGGGAUGGAGGGCGGCUCAGGGAACCCUUUCUACCAGCCCAACUGCCUUCUAGGAGACAUGGACUGCAUCCAUUCAGCCAAUAGGAAUGUCGAGCUUGGAGACAAGAGUGUCAGUGAAUUACCUGGGGAGGUCAAAGGUCAAAAUCUGAGCUCAGACUCCUGCUGCUCCUCUUCACCCUCAGUUACUAUGGAAACACCCAAAGACACAGAGAGCACCAAAAAGGCAUCUGCCUCAACCCAGCCCAACUCAUCUCCUGCACCUGAGAGGUCCGAGGACAAGAACAAUAACAGCCAACGAGGAGUUAGCUCCGCCCACAACACGAUAGGCCACGCCCCCUCUUCCCCAUCACCUCCUGCUCCGCCUUCAGUACCAAAGGCGAAGCGGACCAACCUGAAGAAGCCGUCAUCAGAGCGGACGGGCCACGGCCUGAGGGUCAAGUUCAACCCUCUGGCUCUGCUGCUGGACGCCUCGUUAGAAGGAGAGUUUGACCUGGUGCAGAGGAUCAUAUACGAGGUGGAGAACCCCAGCAUGCCUAAUGAUGAGGGCAUAACUCCUCUUCAUAAUGCUGUGUGUGCUGGCCACCACCAUAUUGUGAAGUUCCUGCUGGACUUUGGGGUUAAUGUCAACGCAGCCGACAGUGACGGAUGGUCAGUACCCCCAGUCUUCUUCAUUUAUCUAGAGAUUCAUCCUUGGAAUCAUCAGAUGAACUUCAAAGUAUUUUAUUGUCGCACUUCCAGGACCCCUCUUCACUGCGCAGCUUCGUGCAACAGCGUCCACCUCUGCAAGAUGCUGGUGGAGUCCGGGGCGGCCAUCUUUGCCACAACUAUUAGUGAUGUGGAAACUGCGGCGGACAAAUGCGAGGAGAUGGAGGAGGGCUACUGCCAGUGUUCCCAGUUCCUCUAUGGUGUGCAGGAGAAGUUGGGAGUGAUGAACAAAGGCUUGGUCUACACGCUGUGGGACUACAUGGCUCAGCAGGAUGACGAGCUCUCCUUCAGCGAGGGCGAUGCCAUCACCGUGCUACGUCGCCAUGACGACAAUGAGACUGAGUGGUGGUGGGCGAGGCUGGAAGACCGUGAAGGAUACGUACCCAGAAACCUGAUGGGGCUGUAUCCACGGAUCAAACCCAGACAGAGAUCCCUGGCAUGAAGCCCAGAUCCAAGAGGAAGAAGAAGAUGAGGAGCCUGCAGUCAGCAGAGAUAGAGGAGGCAGAAAACAUGGCUCACUUUCAUCCUCGGUAGCAGCAGAGCAUAUUUCCACCUGCUUGGAUCUUCAUUCAGUCGAUCACAGCUUGGCAGCUUCAGCGGCAACAUGAGAGGGACAUAGCUGUAAUUUCCACCCAAGCUUGGAAACAUGUCCGGUAUCCUGUAAAGACCUCUUCCCAUUAAAGUCCCUCAUUUCCUAUGGUGCGGAUUUAACUCUGAUUCCCAGGUUGGAUCAGUGAAGGUGAGGAAGGCGAGAAGAACGUGACGAGAGAACAAACCCGAUGUGUCUCAGGAGAGAUGGAGAAUGUCAGUGUCGGCCUUCUGGAGGAGGACUUCCUGUUUCACAGCCUGAAGCAAGCAUGCAUGGAUGGUGUGUUUCCUGCUGAUGAAGAAUCACGAGAAAUGAGGAGAAAAGGAAGAAAAUCAGUAUGUGAAGAUAAUGAGUUUAAUGGUCCAGUUCAUGUCCUUAAAGGUUCCCCUAAUCUAAAUCUGCCUGUUGAAAGUUUGAAUCUGUUGUUAAAAGAAUCCAAUGAGAGUUUCUGGGUUUAUUUCGACUCUUCAGCCUCAAGCUGUCACAUUAAACUAACCUGGAUCAUAGAAACGAGUCCCAGUAAUUAAUCUCUAUCUGCUGGCUAGUUUAAUGUUUUAUUAUCUUAUUAUGUUGCUUUAAUUAAAACCAAACUUUGUUUCUUAUUGGUAGCUUUGUGUCUCACUGCUGCCAUCUAGAGUACAGUUGUUUGAUGAGAGGGUGGAGGCAUCACGUUGUGUAUUGGCAUACUGUUAGUACACAGCUACGGAACGCCAAAGUGUUCAAAAUGAAAUAAAUAAAUGAAACAUUAUGAAAUAAGUCUCUACAUCACUAAAUAAUAGAUACUGAUUUAAUGUGACAAUGAAAUUGUGAAAUAAUUCAAUGCAUAUUAAAUUCUCAGCUCAUUAUUAUGAAAUAUAUUUCAUUUUCCAUUCAAAAUCAGCUUUAUAAAAUAAAACAAUUUUCAAAUAACAUUUUUACCUAAUAAUUGAAAUUAUUGUUGAGGCUAUUUCUAUGUAAUUCCAGCAUUUUUUUAUUUAUUUCACAAUGUCAUUUUUUAAAAGCCAGCUUUUAGUUUAUAACGGUGAUUUUUCCUCAUGGCCAUUUAUUUCAUAAUGCCAGUUUACAACUGAAUGACUGUGGGCCAAUCAGCAUCAACGGGCUGGAGCUGCAUCCUCAUUGGCUGAGCCGUACAUAGAGAUUAGCUUCCUGGGUACCUCCUCCCUGAGCAGCUACAGCGCCACCUCAAGGUGUAGGAAGGAUGCUGGAGUUUCUUUAACUUCAUUCAGCUCUGGUUACCUUAACUGCUUGAAUUACAUAGAAAUAGCCUCAACAAUAAUUUCAAUUAUUAGGUAAAAGUUUUAUUUGAAAAUAUUUUGAAUGGAAAAUGAAAUAUAUUUCAUAAUAAUGAGCUGAGAAUUUAAUAUGCAUUGAAUCAUUUCACAAUUUCAUUGUCACAUUAAAUCAGUAUCUAUUAUUUAGUGAUGUAGAGACUUAUUUCAUAAUGUUUCAUUUAUUUAUUUCAUUUUGAACACUUUGGCGUUCCGUACGCAGCUAAUGUAAAACUAUAAUAAAAGUAUAAUCCCAACAGAAAGUAACGUGGAUGGAGUGGUGGACUGGAUCAGAUGUUUUUAUUUAUUUACAUUAAUAUUUUUAUUCUUACUCGUUUUCACUGCACAGCAAACAUUUUACUGCUGUAUAUUUAAAUCAGUAAGGUUUAUUAAUAAAGAUGCUUUAUGGACUGCAUUAAUAAAGUAAAACUAAACAUUUAAAACAUCAA